AAAAGUUUUCUCGCUGGACUAGUUUCGACCGAUCUUCGAACACGGUUUUACUUUGUCGCUAUCUUUUGGUUGCGGAAACGGCCGGUAUACGACACCUACAGCACGGUCGUGGAGCUGCAAGAAUAUUUAUUUCUCGCAUCUUCUUGUCGUUUCGGUUUCACGAAACCAACACUGAUUUGUACGCGUACUAGCUACGGGACGAGACAACGAUAAGUAUGUUUAGGUCUGAUUCUGAAGAGAACCGAUAGCACCACUGUACAACAACCGAGAAAGAAAUAAACGCAAAUAAAAUGUCGGAGGAGCCGGACUUUGAGGGUACCCGGAUCCUUCCGACGUCAAAGUCCAGGCCGCCAGAGGAUUGGAUAUGAAAGUGCACAACUCCCCCUCCCCCUCAUUUGUCAUGCAAAAUGCCUAAUUUACGCCGUGGCUCUUGGCAAUGUUUGCAUGACAAGUUCUAGCAGCCCAAAUAGCACUACAAUCCUGCCCAAAUUUGUCAUGCAAAACCGGUAAUCUUGCUGAUGCUUGUAUUGCUGUUCAUGCAAUACAACAAAUGAGGGGGAGGGGGAGUUGUGCACUUUCAUAUUGGAAGGAGCUUUUUCAAGAAGAUCUCGACGGGUUUGACCAGGGAGUUGAAGUAUGCAUUGCAAAAGUUCCUGUAUGUAGUACUUCUUCUGUACUAUAAUCGCACAACCAUGCGUCGAUGUAUGAGAAAGUCCAAAUGUAGUAAAAAAAGUGCGAUAACGAUCGAAGAAAGUUGACGGCUUCGCCAUGCUGAAACCCUUGUGGGAACAACAAGUGUACUUGAGUCAUACAGAAAUGUGUACGUUGUAGAGAUACAACAAUGGCACUACAACAACUUUUGAACUACAACUGGAUACUUGCUCCGUGCUAGUGCGACCUUGCCGUCCGGGCGGACGCUUCCAAGGCUCCGCGAACAAACAACUAUCAAAAGGAAAAAUCCCCCUCCCCAUAUCGAAAACGUAUCCGUCUGAAAAUUUGUGAUGCGCAUUUGUGACCUCAAAUCCUGUCUGUCAUGCAAGAAGGCAAGUCCAGAAAGCGUUCCGCAUUUUUCAGGCGGUUUGUGAUGCUGUUUGGCUCAGAGCAUGCGCGUUUGUCAUGCUAGGCGCCUACGUCAAAACCUCGCGGCUGAGGCUUGGCAUAUGCCUGCAUUCCUCUACUGCAAGACAAAUCUGAUUUGUGUAUGGAAAUCCAGCAUCAGAAACUUCUUUUCGAUAUGGGGAGGGGGCAUUUUUCCUCAUGAUAACAACCGAUGCGUUCACACACUGGGAAAAGACAGCGCCGUGGCGCUACAAGAAGCAAUACAAGGGACGUAUACAUAUUUCUGUUGCUGACUUGUUGCAUCUGCAUCAGAAAUUGCAAUAACUCUGAUGUCAUCUUGCUUCCCAUAACUUUGUUUCUGUUUCCGCAUGAUUUUGAUCACAAAUCCGAAAUUCUGACAGAAUCGAAAUCGGAGAAGAACCUGAAGAGUUUCAGCAGAAGAUCAUGGGAUAGGAAAGUGAUAAAUCAACGUCAUAUUGCAUACCUGUAAGCGCAUGUUGCGCAUGACAAACUUUUGUUUCUGCAUGGCAUAAUCACGGCCUCGCGCAUGAGCGAUGUGCGCUGAGCAUGAUAUAUAGCAAAGAUCUGUCCUGCGCCAAAACCUACUGCAACAUGAUGGCCGCUUCUCGGUUCUUCCAUACACCAAGCCGCAACGCUGGUCCAAGGAGCACUGGAGAAUGGAAAACCAGAAAACGUGUUUCAAGGUAAGAAAGUAUGAGAUAAGUUUUCAUGCAUCAUGGCGAGGAAAAUUUAGAUUUUAUCUUUGAUGGUUGGAAACGGAUCCACUUUGUCUUUGUCAUGCUGCUUCGCCCAAAUACUUAGGUUCUUUCUGCGACCAGCAUCCCAGCAACGUGGCAUGGUGGUGGGCAAUGCACGGAUGCGAAAAGUGUAAACUCACCCAGGAAGCAAAAAUGCUGUUUUUCAGCUCUAGGGUAUAAUUAGGCGCGGCUUGUUUUUGUUUUGUUUUGUCUAAGUACUACCUCGAGUCCACUUCUUCGUUUUUUCAGUUGCAGAGGAGGUUCAAUCACCGAUCAAAAUAUAUGCGUGGCCGUGCUCUCGUGGAUCUUGACCGAGGGCCCUCAAAAUCAAAAAUCCAGGCACGAACGGCGAUGGAUUUGUGCGAGUUUUUAUACACAAAUGAAAUGUAGGUAACUCACAAGGAGAGACAGCGAUUUCCCGGGUUUGCCCUGCAGAAUCCAAGUCUACAGAACACCGCAAAGGAAAUGAAAGAAGAAUUUCCGGAACUGCCGUUCGCUUCCGAACCAGCGCUGGCACAUCCCCUUCUGAGGCCAGCCAGUCCCUUUGCGGAGGAGCCAGGUAGGUUGGUUAAGUUGCAUUUUCUACCAUCUACUGCGCUCACUCUCAUGUCUUUGAGCUUUUGUUCAUCCCCAGUGUGAUGCGAUGUUGAUUAUCGCGAAACAAACGAUAUAAUAAAUCGCACCCUGUGAAUUAUUCAUGAUCCACCUGGGAAAAAAUGCAAAUCCUUCAGGUCGGAAGCGCACUGAGGCCGAGAAGCGGAAUCGCGACAAGCGACACAGCUACAUUGUGCAGAAGUACCCCUACAGGCAGUCGAAGCUGGGCACAGACAGCAACCCGAAGCAUUUUACCUACCAGUGGCUGAAGACCGCCCCGGACCGGCGGGAUCUGGCGCGCAAACACACCCGGCCACCCGUGCCGUGGCACUAAAUUUUUCACCCAGAGGUGUGGUUUCCCUACUUUCUCUGAGUUCCAACUCAUGAUAGUUGUACGUCUCACGUUUGAAUUAUCCGUGUCAAAAUGAAUAUAUGCAAAACUGCAGUGCAGUGCCACGGGGGCCACCAGAACGAGGCAACGAACUGCAUAGGUGGAGCACAUCCAGUAGAUGUUGUGCCUUCGCGAUCUUUUAUACCACCAAUGUGCAAGAAGAAGAACAUCUUGAACUUUCCUUGUGAGGGGUGAAACCUUGUUUUCAGAAAAAAUGAACCAAUGGGCUACUAACUUCCACUUAUCUUAUACCAAAUGUGCAAUAAAGAAGGCCACUUCAUCUACUCCGCUAGAAUGAAGCCUUUAAGAUAUUCACGUGUUACAAAUUUUAUCCACUUGUGCUUACUGUUACGUUAUCCGUUAUCGCAGACGAAAUGAACUGUAGUCCUGUUUAGGAAAAUGCUGGAAAAUGCAAGAAUCGUUGGCACGGAGCGCGAGAACCCGGGGUGUUUCCAUAUUAAGUACGUCCUCCGGCGAUGGGGCGAGAUGCUGAGAUCGUCUCUGUGUCAACGAUAUUUUUAACCUGUAUCAAAACCUUUUUGGAGAGGAAAGAUAGAAGAAUUUGGGUGGUCGUGCUAAAGGCGAU